CUGCGUGUAGCUCAGCUGACGCCAGUGAAGAGGUGACUUUUGGAAGCUCUGUAACGAAAAUGCAGGAAGUAUACAACUUUCAAAUACCUUUUAUGUGUUAACACACGUGCGUGCUUUAUAUUAAAACAACUUCCGGCGUAUUAAAUAGUUUCUACCAUGAUUUAUAACCUUUUGAAGUGUGCAGAGAAAACACAACCUGCUGCUCGGGAAUUAUAUCAGUCGAAGCAUCCUGACUCUUACGAACGUAAUGGCAGAAGUAGCACCAGCUCCAGCAACCCCGGCUAAGGCGCCGAAGAAGAAGACCUCCAAAGCGGCAAAGAAGAAGCCUGGUCCCAGCCUUAGCGAGCUUAUCGUUAAGGCUGUGGCUGCUUCCAACGAGCGCCAUGGCGUCUCUUUGGCCGCCCUCAAGAAAUCACUGGUCGCCGCCGGUUACGACUUGGACAAGAACAAGUCCCGCGUGAAGACCGCCGUUGUCGGACUGGUGACCAAGGGUACUCUCGUCCAGACAAAGGGAGUUGGUGCUUCAGGUUCUUUUAAGAUGAACAAGAAGGCGGAGGGGAAAGCGAAGGCCCCGGCAAAGGCUGCCAAGAAGACCCCAGCCAAAGCGAAGAAGCCCGCCGCAAAGAAAGCGACACCGAGCAAGAAGCCUAAAUCUGCCGCAGCCAAGAAGACGGCCAGCAAGAAGCCGGCGAAAAAGGCAGCUAAAUCAACGACCCCCAAGAAAGCAGCUAAGAAAGCCACCAAGAGCCCGAAGAAGGCAGCGGCCCCCAAAAAGGCUCCCGCGGCCAAGAAGGCUUCAGCGGCCAAAAAGAGCCCUGCUAAAAGGGUCGCCAAACCCAAAACUGUCAAGAAGGCAGCACCCAAAAAGAAAAAACAUGCACAUUUGAACCAAUCAGAGCUAAUCAUCUCUGCUGAUUAGUGCUGCGUGCAUUAGCACAUUGACGUG